AUGCAGCGAGAAAUCGCUGGCGACUUGGGAGAAGUGACGCCAGCGACAAUGAGUAAAAAUGAAGGUGACAGUACAAACGGGGUGUAUACCACUCAGUAUGCAAAUAAUUUGAAAAUAGCAAUAACAAGAGCCAUCAAGAAGCGACGGAUAGCGAUUGCAACUGCUGUAACGUUGGAGUUGCAAAGAAUACAAAAGAAACGAAAGUACAAAAAGAAACAGUAUUGGGUAGCUCCAUACUUAAAAGACUGUCAGAAGCAUAGCUUCUUUCAUGUGUCCAUCUCUAAACUGACGUUGGAAGAUGGCAUACGUUAUUAUAACUAUUUUCGAAUGUCGGCAACGCAGUUAGAAGGACUGUUGUUAUUAGUUGGAGCACAAUUGCAAAAAAUGAAUGUUGUUCGAGAGUGUAUAGGACCUAAAGAACGCUUGGCGUUAACAUUAAGAUAUCUUGCAUCUGGUGAUUCGAUGAUCUCAAUGUCAUACCAAUAUCUCGUAGGAGUUAGCACAGCAAACAACAUAAUUGGAGAGACGUGCAAAGCGAUUUGGGAUAUCUUACAUCCACUAGUUUUACCACGUGCAUUAACUGAAACAGCGUGGUUAAAUAUUGCGCAGAAUUUCAAGGAUAAAACAAAUUGUGCCCACUGCUUUGGCGCCAUUGAUGGCAAACAUGUGACCAUACAGUGUCCCAAUAAUGCCGGUUCCACCUAUUUCAAUUACAAACAAUCGCACAGCAUUGUUCUAUUGUGUAUUUGUGAUACAAAUUAUAUUAUCCGAUUUGUGGACAUCGGAGCAUACGGCCGACGAAGUGAUGGCGGAAUUUUUGGAGACAGUAUUAUAGGGAGAAAUUUUGACUCUCAACGCAUGAACGUGCCGAAGCCAGCAGCUGUUGAAGAUGGACGAACUCUACCAUUCAUUCUUGUGGGAGACGAGACUUUCCCCUUAAAACCAUAUCUGCUUAGACCCUACCCAGGCAAAAAUGGAUUGACUCCGCAGCAGGACAUUUUUAACUAUCGGUUAAGUCGUGCAAGAAGAAUGGUCGAGAAUACAUUUGGUAUUUUAGCGAGUCAAUGGCGAGUGUAUCGUAAACCGAUUAUUGCUCUGCCACAAACUGCUACAUCAAUCGUGCAAGCAACAAUGUGUUUGCAUAACUGGCUCCGAAAAGAAGACAUCGGAAGAAAUAUUUAUGUCCCUCUAAAUAUGAUCGACAAAGAGAAUAAUGGAGGAUAGAUGCGCAUUUCAAAAUAUUACUAAUUGUGGAACCAACACAAGUACUCGAUACUGCAUGGUAAUUCGUGAUAAAUUUCGCGAUUACUUUUGUAAUGAAGGAUCAAUACCGUGGCAAUUUAA